UUGUUGUUCGUCGUUCAUCCGUUAGUCAGUCAUCUCUCUUUCUCUUUGUAAUCGUCAACGAGUGCAGUCGCGUUUGGUGCAAUGGCGUCCAAAGUGUCCCGUGACAUUCUCUAUGAAUGCGUCAACGAAGUUCUGAAGGGCUCGGAAACGAAGCGCCGCAAGUUUCUGGAAACGGUGGAACUCCAGAUCGGCCUGAAGAACUACGAUCCCCAGAAGGACAAGCGUUUCUCCGGCACCGUCAAGCUAAAGUACAUUCCGCGCCCGAAGAUGCAGGUGUGUGUGCUCGGUGACCAGCAGCAUUGCGAUGAAGCCAAGGCCAACGAUAUCCCGUUCAUGGAUGCUGAAGCCCUGAAAAAGCUGAACAAGAACAAGAAGCUGGUAAAGAAGCUAGCCAAGAAGUACGACGCUUUCCUGGCAUCCGAGUCGCUGAUCAAGCAGAUCCCGCGUCUGCUCGGUCCCGGUCUAAACAAGGCCGGCAAGUUCCCGGGUCUGCUCGGCCACGGUGAAUCGAUGGUGCAGAAGAUCGACGAAGUGAAGGCCACUAUCAAGUUCCAGAUGAAGAAGGUCCUGUGUCUGUCGGUUGCCGUCGGUCACGUCAAGAUGUCCACCGAUGAGCUGGCACAGAAUGUGCAUUUGUCCAUCAACUUCCUGGUGUCGCUGCUGAAGAAGCACUGGCAGAACGUGCGCUCGCUGCACAUCAAGUCGUCCAUGGGUCAGGCUCAGCGACUGUACUAAGAGUG